UUUUUUCUAUUUCUCCCUUUAUUUUUUUUUUUUACUAUGUCUGAUACAAAUCCAUCACCAGAAACUUCCUUACAGGAAAUGGCUCAUGAUAUCAUUCAGCAAGCUAUAGAUCUUUUACAUCUUGUUAAAAAUGAGCAAUAUACAAAGGUAUCCAGCGUAAUGCCUGGAGGAACCAUAGGCAAACAUAUGAGACACUUGUAUGACCAUUUCAGACUGCUGUAUGCUGAACACGAUCCUAUUCCAGAGAACUGGAUUGUAGACUAUGAUACAAGGGCACGCAACGAUCCCUCCGAAAGUGAUCGGCUUAUUGCUAUUGAUAGAUUUGCUGAAUUACAAAAUACGAUCAAAGAACACACUAUUUCUUUACAGACACCAUUGACAUUAUCUGCCACUAUCACAGCUUCUGAUCACAAUAAAUACCAAUUCACUUCUUCGUUUGGUAGAGAAUUAUUUUAUUGUUGCAUUCAUGCUAUUCAUCAUUAUGCAUCUAUUAAAUCAAUUUGUGUUGAACAAGACAUAACUACACCCAAAGAGUUUGGUGUAGCACCUUCUACUUUGCAAGAUCAGCAAAAGAACCAAUAAAAAUUCUAUGUAUUCAAACCUAUUUAUGCAAUUGAAACAUACUAGUACUGUUUUCCAAAUGUAUAAUCACUUUUUAAUUUCGACCCAAUCAGUAUCCUGUAAGUACUGAUUGAGGUGCCAUUAUCUUAUUACUUAUAGUGUUCCAUAUAAAUAGCAUUGUCCUUGUUUUGUUAAUUCAAGGAUUAUUUUAACUGGUAGUGUCUUUGCAGUUUGAAACAUUGGUUUAUGUUUUAAAACAAACUGACUGAUAAUGCAAGACUUUUUAUAUCUCUGCAUAUAUCUAUUCAUAUAUCUCAAUAC